AUGUGGCUUGAGAGGGAGCUUUUAAGAAAUCCUUUAGUGUGGCUCGCCCCUCGCCAGGAGGAGGAGGAGGAGGCGGAGGAGGAGGAGGCGGCUAGGCUCGGGGAAAGCGAGCAGCGAGCCGAGCGCGGAGGUGAGGGAGCUGAACCGCUCGCCCGCCGCCGCCGCCGCCGCCUCCCCUCCGCUAGCAGGAGCCCCGGCAGGCCCGGCACGCCGCCCCCUCGCCCCUCCCUGGUCGUCAGGCCGCGAGGGCAGAGCGAGCCGCUCCGGGAGGAGGCGGCCGGACCGAGCGGGCGCCCGCGGGUGUGGCGUGAGGGAAGCCGCCCGCCCCCUUCGCCUUCCCUUCUCUCCCCGUCCCCGCUCCCACGACCGCGGAGCAGCACCGUGUCGGCGCCGGCGGCCAAAGUCAGUAAAAAAGAGCUCAAUUCCAACCACGACGGGGCCGACGAGACCUCAGAAGAAGAACAAGAAGCAAUUGAACAUAUUGAUGAAGUACAAAAUGAAAUAGACAGACUUAAUGAACAAGCCAGUGAGGAGAUAUUGAAAGUAGAACAGAAAUAUAACAAACUCCGCCAACCAUUUUUUCAGAAGAGGUCAGAAUUGAUCGCCCAAAUCCCCAGUUUUUGGGUAACAACAUUUGUUAACCAUCCACAAGUGUCUGCACUGCUUGGGGAGGAAGACGAAGAGGCAGUGCAUUAUUUGACCAGAGUCGAAAUGACAGAAUUUGAAGAUACAAAAUCAGGUUACAGAAUAGAUUUUUAGUUUGAUGAAAAUCCUUCCUUCUAAAAUAAAGUUCUCUCCAAAGAAUUUCAUCUGAAUGACAGUGGUGAUCCAUCUUCAAAGUCCACUGAAAUCAAAUGGAAAUCUGGAAAGGAUUUGACGAAACGUUCAAGUCAAACACAGAAUAAAGCCAGUAGGAAGCGGCAGCAUGAAGAACCCGAGAGCUUCUUUACCUGGUUUACUGACCAUUCUGAUGCAGGUGCAGAUGAGUUAGGAGAGGUCAUCAAAGAUGAUAUUUGGCCAAAUCCCUUGCAGUACUACUUGGUUCCUGAUAUGGAUGACGAGGAAGGGGAAGGAGAAGAAGAUGAUGAUGAUGAUGAAGAUGAUGAAGGAUUGGAAGACAUUGAUGAAGAAGGGGAUGAGGAUGAAGGUGAAGAAGAUGAAGAUGAUGAUGAAGGGGAAGGAGAGGAGGAUGAAGGAGAAGAUGACUAAUCGAACACUGAUGGAUUCCAACCUUCUUCCCCCACCUCUUUUUUUCCACUUUUUUUUUUUUAAUUUUCUCCAGUCCCUGGGAGCAAGUUGCAGUCCUUUUUCCCCCUCUUGUGCUCAGUCGCCCUGUUCUUGAAGUCUUCUCAAACACUGUGGUUCUCGACUUACUUUGUGGGGAGAUACCUUGAGCAGAACACAAUGGGAAAAGGGUCUCUACAACCUUCUGUCCUAAAUUCAUUUUGAUCCCCUCCUGUCUCACACAAACUGUAUGGAAUUGACACCACCGUGCUCUGUGAGAAAAAAGAAAACCCUUCCACUCCCUUCGCUCUGCGGGAAGCUGGAGGGCGCUCGGCCCCUGUGUAGUAGUGCAUAGAAGUCUAGCUCUUUUCCUCCUUUCUCUGUAUAUUGGGCUCAGAGAUUGCACUGUGUCUCUAUGUGAAUAUGGACAGUUAGCAUUUACCCACACGUACCUGUCUACUUUCUCUUGUUUAAUAAAAGAAAAAAAAACUU